CCGGACGCCGCCUCCGGCGGGGCGAGCGCGGUUUCCACCCUCCGGGUGGCUGGGGCUGCCGUGCUCUGCGCGAAACACCUCCACACCCGAACAACUUCUUGGGAGCAUUGUCUGAGGCCGGCGGUGUAGGGAGCAAACUUUUGGGUCGGAAGGGGGAAUUCGCGGUGAGCCUCGUCCUCGCCCCCAAGUUGUACCUUAGCAGGAGCUGAGCGGACCCUGUGUGUGGAGUUCGGGGAGCCACGGUGUCCCGCCAGCUAAAGGCUGUGAUGUAGAUGCUCGUCCGCGGACUGUUGUUUGUUGUAAGCUGCCUUUUGGAGACCUCGUGUCUAAUGGUGGUUUUCUGCAAAGCCUAAAGGUGUUCUCGGAACGACACGCCGCGGUCCAUUUCUCUCCCACCUUUGGGCUGUAAGCAGCCCCUUCUCAGCCUGCCGCCCAUUCAUCGCAGGGUCCUUGGGUGCCGGUGGCACCUCGGAGGCUUAGGCAGCGACCGAAGCCCAAGAGGAGAGUGGAAAGGUUGAAGGAAGCCGAACGAUGUUACGGGAAAGAACGUGGAGUCAGGAGAUUGUGACUUAAUGUUGGCUUCUCGGUGUCCGUGACACGUGGACACGUGAAGUCCCAGAGUGGUGCAUUAUGGAUCCAAGCCUUUUGAGAGAAAGGGAGCUGUUCAAAAAACGAGCUCUUUCCACUCCUGUAGUAGAAAAACGUUCAGUAUCUUCUGAGUCAUCAACUUCAUCAUCAUCGAAGAAAAAGAAGGCAAAACUAGAACAUGGAGGGUCAUCAGGCUCUAAACAAAAUUCAGAUCAUAGCAAUGGAUCAUUUAACUUGAAAGCUCUUUCAGGAAGCUCUGGAUAUAAGUUUGGCGUUCUUGCUAAGAUAGUGAAUUAUAUGAAAACGCGUCAUCAGCGAGGAGAUACACAUCCUCUAACUUUAGAAGAAAUUUUGGAUGAAACACAACAUUUAGAUAUUGGACUCAAGCAGAAACAAUGGCUAAUGUCUGAGGCAUUAGUCAAUAAUCCCAAAAUUGAAGUAAUAGAUGGGAAGUAUGCCUUCAAGCCCAAGUACAACUUAAAAGAUAAGAAGGCUCUGCUUAGGCUCUUAGAUAAGCAUGACCAGCGAGGCUUAGGAGGAAUUCUUCUGGAAGACAUAGAGGAAGGACUGCCCAAUUCCCAGAAAGCUGUCAAGGCUUUAGGGGACCAGAUAUUAUUUGUAAAUCGUCCUGAUAAGAAGAAAAUUCUUUUCUUCAAUGAUAAAAGCUGUCAGUUUUCUGUGGACGAAGGUAAGCCUUUCUGUAAUAAUACUUUCUUUAGUUUGCAAAUAUGUUACAAAUUUAAGGCCCCUAUCCAGAGAAGGAAAAAGCCUGCUUCACAGAAAAAGCGACGAUUUAAGACUCAUAACGAACACAUGGCUGGAGUGCUGAAGGACUACUCUGACAUUGCUCCUGGCAAAUAGUGAACAGUUUUGUAGGUGAGCAAAGAGUUACAAAUACAAAGUCAAGAUCUUUCUUGUUGCUACUGGGAUCUGAAGACUGUCUUCCCAUUCUACUUCUUAGGACUGAGGAGAGGAGCAGUUCCGUUUACAGAACAAGUACAAAUUACCAAACUCAAAGCUUAUUCUAACUGAAUAGGCUGAUGAGAAAUGUGAUGUUCCCUGUUAACUUCUCUUACUUCUUGGGGGAGAGGCCUGCAGGUGUCUUUGCUGUUUAUCUCUUCUAAGUGGUUCCUGGUUCCAUUUUCCCUUUUACUCCUUUAGAACAAGUUUGCAGAUAGUCUUGAAUGCAAUAUUUGUUUAUUCCAAAGUAACAUAUUUAUAAUAAAAUCAUUGCAGAAGGAAUUGCAGAAGUUAGUGAA